UGUCUUCUAAUUCUAUCUGAAGGUCUUCCAAAAAUAUUUGACUGAAUUGCGUGCUUUGAUUUUCCAUCAGUUUGCCCCAAGAACAAGUACAGAAAAGGUAAUAUUAGUGAUUUUCUCUUUUUCUUGUGUGUCUCGUAAUAUAUUUUCUGGAUUUUCUGUUUAGAUUUUAGAUGACAGCUUCAAUGAAAGCUUUUCAUGGUGAAGAAACCUUUAUAGUCUUUGUGGACAACAGCGAUGAUGAGGAGUGUUUUGGAGCAUUUCAGGAUAGAGAGCUCAUCGAAGUAGAUGUCGGAGAUGAUGAAGAAAUAUCCCAGGAAAAGUUGAACCCAGAUCUAGGCGAAACCAUCCCCACUGUCGCGAAAAAGUGAAAAAUCUGCAUACUUUUUCCGGACAAUAGCGAUGAUGAGGAGUGUUUUGCAGGAUUUGAUGAGAACGUGUUGAUGGCAGAAGGCGUUAAUGUGGCGGAAGCCGAAAGGGUAUCCCAGGAAAACUUGAUUACUUGCGGCACCGUACAAAAAAAUCGCAAAAAUUUGCCAGAACUGAAUCCAGAUAAGAAGAUGAAGAGAAGAGACAUUGAUUGGCAGUGUUCAGGACGCAUUGUAUGUGUAAAGUGGAUGGACAAUCGCUCGGUCAUGCUCCUCUCAAAUUAUAUGUCGCCAACAGAAAUGGUGAAGGUGCAGAGACGGCAGUCUGGGACAUCACAGAAGCUGGAGCUAAAUUGUCCGAAAAUUGUCCACACUUACAAUCAACACAUGAAUGGGGUGGAUAUCAUGGACCAGAAAAAGUCAUAUUAUGAGCAAGAUAGAAAGUGCGCGGCAAAAUUCUACCUAAAAUUAUUCUUUGAUAUUCUGGACAUUGGUAUAAACAACGCGUGCAUCGUUUACAACGAAAUGUCACAGGAGAAAAACAUUGGAAGAUCACUCACACUGCUGCAGUUCAGACAGGAAGUGGCUAGGUGUCUCAUUGGUGAUUAUAGGAGUAGGACACGAGCGCCUCCCACUAUUAGACAUUCUAAUGAACUACUUCAACCCCUCCAGCACUGUCCAGUUUGGAUAAAAAUAAGAAGCCGGUGCCACCUGUGUUAUACGAAAAAUAAAGUAGACAGCAGGACCUUUUGUAAAUGUGAAGCAUGCGGAGUGUAUCUAUGCUUCAAUUCAACACGCAACUGCUUCAAACAGCAUCAUGAUCCAAAAAAUUUGUCAUUGAUGCGAACGGAUUAUUCUGGACUUAUCCAUGGAGCAGUCCGACGAACCUUAGAAUGUUCCCUCGAAAAUUCCAAGCACAAGUGUUAUUGGAGUGUCUUUUUUUACAUUCUGACGGAUUGUUUGACAGAUAGAAGUGUGCUGAUUUUCCUCGGGAAAAUUUUUCCUGAUAAUGAUGAAUCCAGAUUGUCCAGGAAGUGUUUUUUUUGACUCUUGGGAAACUUUAAUGUGUCUACAAUAACAUCGUGUUGAAAGAAAUGUGUGUUAAAGUGUUAUUGUGUGAAAUAUGUUGAGGUAUCUGUUGGCAAGCAGGAAUUUGGUGUCUUCUUGACCACUUCCUGGACAUCCCACAAGAUACUGGUCAAUAAUUCUUCUUGUUUUAGUGAUCAACAUUGUAAAGGAGUCAUUUGACACGCAAAAAUAAUUCACAAAAUUGAUAUUAUUAGCUUUUGGAAAAUUGAAGUUUGUCCAAGUUUCUAUCUUUUGCAUUCAUUAGGGGACGAGAGUUCCCAUGAGUUUUCCAAUUUCCCAGAGGCGGAGAAAAUUCUUUCUCUACAAAAGUAUCAUAUUUGACCACUAAGACUUACAAUAAAGUGAGUUUUACUGAAAUUCGUUCGCUGGAUAUGUUGUGGUCCGGAAAGAGUUAA